UUUUUUUAAUAUUUUUCUUUUAAUUUUUUAACUGUUCGGCAAAAUAGCUUGAUGAUUCAGCUUAAAUAAGAAAGUAACAAAUAAUCAUUGUAUGGCAAAAGAAAUAUGAAUUAAAAUGAAACAAUCAUUCAAAAGAAGUUCAUUUUAAGCAAGUAAUUCAGCGAGGAUCAAGAGGAAGAAGGAUUUAUUGAAGAAAAGGAUUUAUACACAUAUAUUGAGAUACCUAGUUCAAAUCUUAAAUUAAAAGAAAAUAUGAAGCUAAGUGAUGGAGAUGAAUCUGAUGAUGAGGAAGAUUAUAAAAAUUUAAAACAUAGAUUUAGUCUUCAUCUUCCAGAGGCUAAUCCUCUACUAGACAAUAGCAAAUAAAUCAAUUAUGAACCUAAAUUGUUACUCGAUAACAUUACAAUUAAAAAACAAACAUUGGAUUAGUAGACAAACUCAAGUAAAAUAACAAACAACCAAAUUCCAUAAAAUCAGCAAUAAAAGCGAGCCCAAUAAAUGGAUAGAAGCAACUAAGCUUAUUUAUAUGAUAAAUACAUGAAAGACAAUUUAAAUUAUAAAUUGAUAUACUCUAAAUACUCUGAGAAGAGAGAAGAAAGCGAAAUGGAUCAUAAUUUUGCAGGAUAUUACAUAAAUUUAGCAAAUGUAUUUACACUUGGUAAACACAUAUCAAAGGAAUUAAUAGGUGAAACAGAUAUUUUUCAACAACUAAGAGAGAAGCACAAAUAUAAAUCAAUAACUUCAUCCCCUAGAGGCUCUAGUAAUAAUUUGGAUUAAAAUGCCUCUAAUCAUUAAAUCAACUAUCUAAGCGACUAAGAUUAAAUAAUAGUGAGCGAAGACAUACAAGAUGAGCUCGUUAAUUAAUAAGAAUAAUUAGUUUUUGAUAGCAGGUUUGAGUCUGGAAAUCUGAUGUACGCGUUCUAGAGAAGAGAUCCAAAAUAUUCUGAUGAGUAUGAUUUAAUAAUAUGUAAUGAUAUAAAUUCCAAAGGUUAUGCUCAAUGGUUCUACUUUUCUAUUUCAAAAACUAAAAAGGAUAAAACCAUCAAGUUGAAUUUAGUAAAUCAUAGUAAAAAGUAAUCUUUGUUCAAAAAUGGUAUGAAACCUGCUAUUUUCUCUGUCAAGAAAAAUAAAAAUGAGAAAGAAAAAAGCUGGGAAAGAGGAGGAAACAAUGUGAAAUAUUACUAAAAUUAAAUUUUAAAAGAAGAAACUUAUGAUAACUAUUAUUAUACACUUUCUUUUUCAUAUACUUUUGAGUAUGACGACGAUGUUGUAUAUUUUGCUAUGUCCUAUCCAUAUUCUUACACCUAGAUGAUUAACCACUUGAAUACCACCAUAGAAAAAUGCCAAUUAACUUAACCUUUGAUACAGAUAAAAAAGGAAAUUCUUUGUCAUACAAUAUCAAACAAUGCUGUCCCUUUGCUGACUAUAACUAACAAGGAAAAAGAUUAAAUCGAAAAAGGAAAAACUUAAAAUCCACCUAAUGAGAGUAAAUAAAAAAAGAUAGCUAUGCUUAUGGCUAGAUAACAUCCAGGUGAAACUGUUUCUUCAUUCUUGAUGUAAGGUGUUAUUGAUUUUUUGGUUUCUGACUGUGUAGAAGCUAACUUUUUAAGAAACAAAUAUAUUUUUAAAAUAAUUCCAAUGGUAAAUCCUGAUGGAGUUCUUUAUGGAAAUUUUAGGUGUAAUUUAUCAGGAGUUGAUUUAAAUAGAUAAUGGAGUAAUCCAAAUAAGCUCUUACAUCCAACUGUUUAUAGUAUAAAAAACUUGAUUUCUAAAUACCGUUAAUAAGAUUACCAAAUUGAUUAUUUUAUUGAUCUUCAUGGUCAUAGCAAGAAAUUAAAUUCCUUUGUUUAUGCUUGCAAAAUGGAAUCUGAUUAAUAUGCUUGUUGUCUAUUUCCUAUGAUGCUUUCUAAACUUAAUCCUGUUCUACACUACCCCUCUUGCACUUUUGGCUUAGAAUCUUACAAAGAAAAUACUGCAAGAGGAAUAGCUUGGAAUAGUGGGGUGAAUAAACCAAAUAUUUUUACGAUUGAAACUUCGUUUUUUGGCUAUAAUGACAAGAAAAAUGGAGGCAGAGCAACACAUUUUAAAAUUUAGGAUUUAACAAAGCUUGGAGGAGACUUAAUAAGAUGUAUGUUUGCUUAUUACAUAGAAAACAAUGCAGAUGAAUCUCUUAAACAGUAGCUGUAAUUGACUUUGAAAGCUUAUAAACAAGUGAGGAAAAGUGUUAUUAUUUAAGAUAUAAUAAAAAGUAAUAUUUAGUAGAAUAGCAGCAGUUAUCUUUUAGAAGAAGACUCUGGGAGUGAUUCAGAUCCUCUUAUUGAUGAACUUAAUGUAAAAGAAAAAAUAAACAAUGUAAUUGGUGUCAAAAUAGCUAAAUCAAUUGGGUUGAUUAACCAAUCAAACAUGAAUUCUGAAAAUGUUAGUGGAUCUGAAAAAAGUAAAUAGCAACCUUACUAAUAGCGCUAAUAAAAAAGAAACUCUUCUAUUUCUACUAAUUCGACUGGACCUUCUUAGAGGAUCAAAUAAAAAAAUGUGUCUAAGGAUUCUAAAUUAAUUUAAAUACAAAAUUAAAAUUAUGUCAGCAAUUAAAAUAUUAAAAAAAGUCCAAGCUAAAUUAUAAAUUAUAAUGAAAGUCUAAAUCUCAAAGAAGAAGACGAUGACGAAGCUGAUAAUAUCUAAGAAUCAGAUAUUAAUAAUAAGGAUUUCUAAGAAAAGAAGGAGGAUUAGGAAAAAUUAGAUAGAAGCUUAUCAAGUAGAUAGCAGAAAUCUCUUUUAAUUGAGUCUUGUUAGUCAAAUAAUUAAAACUAAAUAGAUUUUAUUGAAGAAAUAGAGCAAGAUAAUAAAUUCAAAGAGAAAAAGUAUCAUGCAAAAGUUAGAAACUAAGAAAGAGAAUAAUAGAGAGAAUAAUGUAUUAAAUUUUUAAAAGAAGAAGUAUAUAAAAAGAGGUUUAGAAUAUCUAAAAACACCCCUUUAACUACACCAAAGUCAUACAACAUCUUAAUUGAUCCUAAAACUAUAAUGAAAUAUAAAUCAAGUAAUAUUGCUGCAUUUCUGCAAAAUUCUUAUGCCAAUAACUACUAUGGAUAUGACAAUACCAACAUAAAUAGCAAUAUUAACAAUACUAAUGAAGAUAAUCAGGGUUAAGAUGCUUCACAUGACAACUCAAUUGACUAAAUUCAUAAGGAAUAAAAGAAAUAAGAUCAGCAUUAGAGUUAGGAUGUUAAUAUUAACUUUCCAAAAAAUAGAUUUCAUCCUUAGAAUGGUUUAAAAGGAGUAAACACAUUUAAGUAGGCAAUCUAAUAAUUAUAAACUGAGGCAGAGUAAAAUUUAUCCUAAGCUAAUUGGUUUAAUCCUUUAAAUCCUAAUGGUUGGUAACAAGACUAAAGUGCAGAAAAACCUAUUAAAAGUGCAAGAAGUGGAAGACUAUAAAGCGCUAUUAAUAGAUUCUCACACUAAAAGCAUGUUGAUUCAAACUCUUAAAUGGUUAUUUAAGGUUAGUAAAAUAAAUAAGUAAUCUAAGAGAGCAAAAUUUAUGCUCAAAACCCUUAGGAAUUAACAUAGUAAAAUUAGCAAGGAGCUAAUACCACUAAUAAUCAUGACAGUUAAUAAGUUAUUUAGAGAUCUAAUAGCACAAUCAAGAAAAAUUAACAAAAUGAGCCAAAUACAUCUAAUAAGAAGAAUGGAAAUUUAAUCAAAAACUUUAGUAAAAUUUUAAAAGAAAACUCUAAAAAAUACAAUUGUGAUACUAAAAUAUUACAUUUAUCAAGAAAUACUACAUCUUGUCAAACAUAAAGAAGGAUUUCUUUUUAGGAAAAAGGAACAAAACUAUAACAAAUACAUCUCAGCCAAAUUGAGUAAAAUGAUUAUUACUCUAAUUAUAAAGAAUAGAAUAGUAAUAUGAAAUCAACAAAUAACUAAAACUAAAACUAAACUACUACUGCUGAAAAAUGUGAAAAUUAAUCAAACUAAUAAGAGAAAUUACCCAAAAAAGUCUUUGGACUUCUGGCAAAAGAUCAAAAUCAAAUUCAAUAGCCAUAUUCAAAUAACAUAAAACUCAUCCCUUAAAGCACUUAGAAUAGCUUUAAUGAAACUUAAACUCCUACUUAAAAGCAUAUAAGAAGUGGUACAGGCUCAGGUAAAAACUAAAGAAAUUCUUAUUUUAGACAAUUUAAGAUGAAUAACCAUAAUAAUCAAAACACAUUAAAUUAAUCUUAAUACUAAGAGUAAUUUAAAAAUUAUUCAUUGAAAAAUAAAAUAUCUGCAAUGAAAUUUAGUUAAUUAUAAUCAAAAAGUGAAAUAAAACAUAUUAUCAACAACUCUUAGUAAAUAUUCAAUUAAUACCAAGAUUUAAAUAACUCAGAUGUACUUCUCAACUCUUGGAACCCAGAAGUCAAUCAUAUAAAACUAAAGGGAAUAUUUUCCUAAAAAUACAACGAAGAAGCUUCAAAAACCGCUUAUCAAACACCUAAAAACUCCUAAGAUAAAAAGUGGUUAACAAACUUGAGUUACUUAAAUUCAAAGGAGAGUUCCUCAAAACAAAUUAAACAAAAUGAUACCUAAUAUAAAAUGGAUGGAAUAAGGUCAUGA